AUGCUGAAAACCAAUUCUGAUAUUAGUGAGAUUAAGAAGCCUGAUGAGGACGAAGUUGUUAGUCUCACUGGCGCGAACCUCGAUUCCAGAGUUCAUUUGGCCGCUGCUUGUAACUCGUGCCGCUUUUGGAUGCCAAGCAACACCGGUAGCUCAUACCUAGUAGUGGAUCGUGUAGUAAUUGAGGAGGCUGGUUGUUUGAGAACGGACACCAGCUCAGGCCCGCAGAAGAUAGAAGACGAUAAUAGUGGUGUUUCAAGGGAAGAAAUGCGCUGGCGACUCAUGCAACAAAUUGGACGUUAUUCAGCCGCCUUAAUAAAUACAGCUCUCGGGGGCGUCACACAAAACCCACGGACAGCUGCUCCCGGCGACGGCAAGACCGUUUGUGCCUCAUCACUUCUGGAACUUACCACAGGAAAUAGACGAGGAUAA